AUGGCCAGAGAACCAUCAUCUAGCGGGCCCGCAGCCGCUAUCCCUCCUCCCCCUCCCCUUCCCCACACCCAGGCUCCACCACCAGACAAUGGCUUUGACCACCAACCCCAGUACCCGUCAUUAAGCUACAACCCCGCCGCCGGUCCGUCGCAGCCUCAACCACAACACUUCCCACCACAACCACCAGGGUGGCAGUACAACCCGUACUACCAAAACGGCGGCUACCCUCCUCCUCACGGUGGUCCUCAACAACGACACCAGCCCAACAGCGGCGGUUUCCAGCCUGGGUUCCGCUACGACCAGGCAUACCCAGCCUACCAAUACCCUCCUCAGUUCUACCAGGGCUACGGACAGGUCCCAGUAUCUGGACCCGGACCAGCAACGAUGCAGAACGGCUACUACAUGCCACCCAACUACCCACGGCAAUACUCUGGAUACCCAGACGGUAGCGACGGUAUGCCAACAGGACCAGACGAGAACGGCGGCUUCAACCCAGGCAUGCCAUUCCAGCAGCCCUUUUACCCACCCGGACACCCGUAUGCCUACGGAGGCGGCGUCGGCUACCAGCAGCCCAUGCCGUACAACGGUGGAGGCUACCGACCUGAUGGCGCCUACAUACCCGAGCCUCAACAUCAGCACCAGCAACAGCAGCCACCGCCCCCACCACCUUCCAGUGGCAAGGCGCUGAACCCCGCCGCUGCCGGCUUCAGCUACCCCGCCCGCAAGGCCGAGUCGCUGGCCAACGGCAGUGUCAACGGCCGUGGUACCUCUUCCCCUGCCCCUUCGUCUGAUGCGGCCAUCCCUACCUCUGGCCUGGGUCUCUCGCUCGAGCCAGAGCCCGCCCCAGCUGUCGAAACGCCCAUUGUUGAGAAUCUCGCAGAGGUUGUUCCAGAGCCACCAGUAAAGCAGGAGGAGCCGGAGGCAGUCAAGGUGGAGGCAACAUCGGCUCCGACUGUCGAGUCGGCGCCCGCUUCCGUUGCUGCAUCAGAGAUUCCCGAUGUGCCGCUCACUUUCACCGGCGCCGCUCUUGCUGGCGUCGCUUCUCCUUCCACCGCCCAGCCCAAGGCUAAAACGUCCGACCCGCUGUACCUCCGCUCGAGCCGUCCCUCGCUGGAGGUCGAUGGCAACUCGUACGCCGCCUCCCUCGCUGCUGCCAUUCCAGAGGCAGUCUCGACCAUGGCCAUGGCUGGUGUGACCCGCAAGCGGUCUGCCGCUGGUCAUGCCCAGCCCCGUGGCAAGGCCGUCUACGCUGUCGGUAUCGCUGGCGGUCGCGUUGCGCCCCCUGUGUCUCUCACUUUCGGCACCAUCUCCGAGGUGCUCGAGGUUACCCCCGUCGUCGCCCCCGUCCCCAUCCCCAUCCCUACUCCUGUCGCCACCGUCCCUGCCUCAGCCUCUGCUCCUCCUCGCCCCGCGUCCCCUUCUCCAGCACCUGCACCUGCACCUGCACCUGCACCGGUCGCUGCUGCCCCGCCAAAGGCCAAGGUUGCCCCCUCGAGCUGGGCCGCCCUGGUGCGCGGCAAGAAGCCUGCCGGCACGCCCGACAGCCUUUCUGUCGCGGCGAGCAGCACCCUCCCCUCGCCCUCGCGUUCCACCGCUUCGCUCCCUUCGGAUGCCGGACCUUCGCGCGCCUCAGACGAGGCCACCACGCCCCGCUCGACUGCGCCCUCGCUCCCUGCGACCAAUGGCCCGACCCCCGCCCAGCCCCGCCCGGCGUUCAACUACGCCGCUGCUGCCGCUGUCGGUGCACCGCCCACCCCGGCCGAGGACCUCGCUCAUCUUCUUACCGAGGGUCUGCGCGUGCGCCCCGCACACGGGCCGGCCGCUGUUGUCCCACGUGGCCUGAUCAACACUGGCAACAUGUGCUUCGCCAACACGAUUCUCCAGGUUCUCGUGUACUGCACGCCCUUUACUGAACUGUUUGAGGAGCUUGGUCGCCGCCUCAAGGCCGACUUUGCGCGCCGCACUCCCCUUCUCGAGGCCAUGAUCGUCUUCCUGCGCGAAUUUGCUCCCGGUCCGUCCAACAGCGGCGUCGCCACACCAAAGGGCAAAAACCGCGAGCCCACCGAGGCCUUUGUUCCCGAGAACGUCUACGACGCCAUGAAGGAGAACAAGCGCUUUGACUCGAUGCGCCGUGGAUACCAGGAAGACGCCGAAGAGUAUCUCGGCUUCUUCCUCAACACUCUGCACGAGGAGCUGCUGGGCCUCUACUCUCGCGUUCAGCCGGCACGAGCAGUCGCCAAGGCUGCGACUACAAACGGCGACUCGGAGCGCACCAUUAACCGUCCUGUGUCUCCUGGCGCUGGCGGAGAGGGUGAAGAUGACGACUGGCUCGAAGUGGGCAAGAAGCAAAAGACACACGUGGUGCGAACAGCCGAAUCCAAAGAGUCGUCGGUUUCGCGCGUCUUUGGUGGUACCCUCCGUUCGGUCCUGCACACCCCGGGCGCCAAGGACUCGGUCACCCUCGAGCCUUACCAGCCUCUCCAGCUUGACGUUCAGGACGCCAAGGUAUCGUCUGUCGUUGACGCCCUUCGCCACCUCAACGAGCCCGAGACUGUCGGCGGAGUCUGGAGUGCGAGCCGUAACGCCAACGUCGACGCUACCAAGCAAGUGUACAUUGACUCGUUCCCGCCCGUCCUCAUCUUGCACCUCAAGCGCUUUGUGUAUGACCCGCAAGAGCAAAACGUUGUCAAGCGCGACAAGCCCGUGGCCUACUCCACCGAACUCGCCAUUCCUCAGGAAAUCAUUUCGGCGACAAAGCGGACAGCCAAGCCCGUCAUGUACCGCCUCUUUGGUGUCGUCUACCACCACGGCCACAGCGCCACAGGAGGACACUACACUGUCGCCGUUUCUCGCCCCAACGGAACCGGCUGGCUGCACUUUGACGACGAGAUCGCCCAACCUGUCCCUGCGGACGACGUUAUCGUCUCGGAGGAGGAGGUGCAGCGCGGCCGCGCAGAGGCGAUUGGCGGAAGGGAGAAGUUGCAUUAG